UAACAAAUGGACAACUUACUUCCAACAACAAGUGGAUCACAAACAUUAUGUGUCUUCAUCCUAUAACAUAGUGAAAUUUUACAUUUCCAGUUUGAACAGCUUAAACUUCACCUUCCAACUACGGAUACCUAUCAUAACCUCACAUGGAGAAGAGGAUCCAGUUGAUGAGAAGUCAGAUAGUUUCACAACGUCCUCACUUGUUUCUUCUUUCACUGGCCUUUGCUUUCUUUGUGGCAGAUCCAUUCAGUUUAAGUCCGGUAGGGGACAAUGACUUUAAGCCAGUGAAGAAUGACAUUGCACCAUACAAGCAAGUCAUGGAGAGUUGGCGCGGAGACAAGAAUAACCGGUUAGGCCUCGGCAAUUUGGAGUUUGUUAAUGAAAUUUACGGUCCGGAAUCACUAGAAUUUGAUAAUUUGGGUCGUGGCCCAUAUGCGGGACUAGCUGAUGGACGCAUUGUAAGGUGGAUGGGGGAAGAUGCUGGCUGGGAAACAUUUGCACUUGUCACCCGUAACUGGUCGGAGAAGGUUUGUAGUAAAGGAAAAGAUUCAACAACAGCAAAGCAAUGGAAAGUAGAGGGAGAAUGUGGGAGGCCCCUUGGGCUAAGGUUCCAUAAAGAGACGGGGGAUUUGUACAUAGCAGAUGCUUACUAUGGCCUCCUAGUUGUGGGUUCUGAAGGAGGCGUCGCAACGUCCUUGGCUACACAUGUUGAAGGCAAUCCCAUACUCUUCGCCAACGACCUUGAUAUCCAUACUAAUGGCUCCAUCUUCUUCACCGAUACUAGCAAGAAAUACAACAGAGUGAACCAUUUUCUCAUAAUGUUAGAAGGAGAAGACACUGGUAGACUUCUUAGGUACGAUAUUGCUACAAGAUCUACUCAUGUCGUCCUGGAUGGAUUGACUUUCCCUAAUGGAGUACAAUUAUCCAAGGACCAAACUUUUCUUCUCUUCACUGAAACAACCAAUUGCAGGCUGAUGAAAUACUGGCUAGAAGGUCCGAAGACAGGCACAGUUGAGAUUGUAGCAAACCUGCCAGGAUUUCCAGACAAUGUAAGGGUGAAUGAGAAAGGUCAAUUCUGGGUUGCAAUUGAUUGUUGUCGUACUCGAGCACAAGAAAUUCUCAUACAUAAUCCAUGGAUGAGAAGCGUUUACUUUAGAUUACCAUUUCCGAUGCGUUACCUGGCUAGAUUGAUGGGGACCAAAAUGUACACUGUUAUCUCACUCUUCAAUGAAAAUGGAGAAAUUAUUGAUGUUCUUGAAGAUAAAAAAGGCCUAGUUAUGAAGCUGGUUAGUGAAGUUAGAGAAAUAAAUGGGAAGCUAUGGAUUGGGACUGUGGCUCAUAACCACAUUGCCACCCUUCCAUACCCCUAAUACUUUGGACUGGGUAUCUAUGUUUGACUUUCUGCUUUUACUUAUUUAUAGUAUUUAUUAAUUUUGCAAUGUUAGUAUGGUUUGAUUUAUGUGUAACAAAACUAAUGAAUAAUAGCCCAGCACUUGUUUAA